CAGAUGCUAUUCUUAUCUCGGCUAUUUUAGCUGGUGUUAGAAGGUCAACUGGAUUAACAGUCAAUACUAGUCGAAUUGAGAACCAAACAUUGAGAAGCGCCGUGGAAACUAUUCUCAAUUGUGGCGAGUGGGUAUUUGAAAGAAGCAUUGGAUAUAUGACAAAUUCUCAAUAUUUCGUAAAGAAACGUGUUAAUG